UCCCCGCCCCGCUUCCCAGGCCCGAACCCCUCCCCCACCUCCCUGUCCGAGCCGCGCUCCCCGGACGGAGCCGGCUUACCGCAGGCCGAGCUGCGCUAGGUGCGGGCCCGGGGCGUGGCGGGCGUCGCGGAGCGCCAGGUGCGGCUUCCGCGUCAAUAUGGCUGUCGCCUGCCGCGUCCGAGCCUGGCCCCCGGCGCGCCGCCGCCUUCCCGCCGGGGACCCGCUGCUGCUCGUCGCCCUCUGCCUCCUGUGCUGGGCCCCGGCGCUUGUGGGCGCCGUCCCCGAGCUCGGGCUCUGGGCGGCUACGGUCAACGACAAAUCAGGACCUUUGAUAUUUAGGAAAACUAUGUUUAACUCUACUGAGAUCAAGUUUUCUGUUAAGUCAUUCAGUUGUUCCGGGCCUGUAAAGUUUACCAUACAGUGGUAUUUGAAGUAUUAUACCUGUGACAAUGAAUAUCCUACACUGGAAGAGCUGUCACAGAAACAUGACAGUGUUAAUGAAGACUUUUGUGGUCAUUAUUUCGAGAACAAGGAAUGUUGGACAACAAAAAAUGACAACUUAGACUGCGAUAGUGACUCGCAGGUGUUUCCCUCAUUAAAUAAUAAAGAACUAACAACAAAUAUCAGAAAUGUUUCAAACCACGAAGGAUCAAGGGAUGUUAUAGCCAGAACACAGAGAGAUGGGUUUCAUAUCUUUAUUGUUUCUAUUAAAACGGAAAAAACAGAUGCAAAGUGGAAUUUAAAUGUUUCUCUCUCUAUGAUGGGACCUCAUGGCUAUAUCUCUGCAUCAGAUUGGCCUCUUAUGAUUUUUUACAUGGUGAUGUGUAUCGUUUAUAUUUUAUAUGGCAUACUCUGGCUGCUGUGGUCUGCCUGUUAUUGGAAAGAUAUAUUAAGAAUCCAGUUCUGGAUCGCAGCUGUUAUUUUCCUGGGAAUGCUCGAAAAAGCAGUUUUUUAUUCUGAAUACCAAAACAUCAACAGCACUGGGCUAUCAACCCAGGGUUUAUUGAUAUUUGCGGAGUUGAUAUCUGCGAUUAAGAGGACAUUGGCACGCCUCCUCGUGAUCAUUGUGAGCCUGGGUUAUGGCAUUGUGAAGCCUCGUCUAGGAGCGGUCAUGCACCGGGUGAUUGGACUGGGGCUUCUCUACUUUGUCUUUGCGGCUGUUGAAGGCGUGAUGAGAGUCACCAGGGCAGAUGACCCUGAUCUUGUGCUGCUGGCCAGCCUGCCGCUCUCUCUCCUUGACUCUGGCUUGUGCUGGUGGAUCUUUAUAAGUUUGGCACAAACUAUGAAGACUCUAAGGCUAAGAAAGAACACAGUGAAAUUUUCUUUAUACAGGCACUUCACAAAUACUCUCAUCUUCGCUGUACUGGCUUCUGUAGUGUUUAUGGUGUGGACAGUUAAGACGUUUAGAAUUGCAAAAUGUCGAUCAGAUUGGAUGGAACGCUGGGUUGAUGAUGCAUUUUGGAGCUUCCUUUUUUCACUUAUUCUUAUUGUAAUAAUGUUUUUGUGGAGACCAUCAGCAAAUAAUCAAAGAUAUGCCUUCAUGCCCUUAAUAGAUGAUUCUGAUGAUGAAAUUGAAGAAUUCAUGGUGACAUCUGAAAAUUUAACUGAAGGAGUAAAAUUGAGAGUCUCAAAAACGGUUUCCAAUGGAACAGCUAAACCUGCAACUUCUGAUAAUUUUGAUGAAGAUUUGAAGUGGGUGGAAGAAAAUAUUCCCUCUUCAUUCACAGAUGUUGCUCUUCCGGUGUUAGUGGAUUCAGAUGAGGAAAUCAUGACCAGGUCUGAAAUGGCAGAAAAAAUGUUCUCUUCCGAAAAGAUAAUGUGAUUGGAAACCAUAUAAAUGAAACCUAGUUAACGGUGAAGGAGUGUCCUUCCUCAAGACUAGAAGAGAGGCUUGCUUUGAUAUAGGGCAACAAGUUUUUGUUCCAUUUUCUUGGAAAUCUACGUGUUAAAAUUAAGAAUUCAGACGGUUGGAGAGUUCUGCAACCCUUUUAAACUGACUCUUGAAUGUCAGUUUAAGGUCCAUUAAGUUGCCUGGACUUGGAAAUGCCUGAGAAAAGUAUUAUGAUAAAGGUAUAUGCCCAAAUGUCAUUUGCUGAUGGGUGGCAGGUGUGUGGAUUUGGGUUCUCUGUUUUGUGGAAAAUAUGGCAAUUCCAGAUUUAAAAUUUUUUUACAUAAAGCACUCCUACUGUCCUUCUGCUGACCCUUGAGAGAGACAAUGUGAUUCUUCUGAAGCGCGGUCAAGCAGUGUCUCCAUCUCUCGGGUUUGUGGUUACUUGAUGCAGCAGUAAUUUUCUUUGCCUUAUACUGAAGUGAUUCGAUAAUAAGUAAAACUUGGUUAAUGGUG